AUCACUCUCACGUUACAGACUGUUACUCCUCCCGACGGCGAACUGUCUCUUUCCCUUCUCCUGCUCGAUCUCUUCAAUUGCGCCGUCUGAUUGGGAAAUUCCGGUGAAAGUGCGCCACAAUCUUAACUGAGAGAGCUCUCUUGAUUAAGGAUUCUUGAGCUUAGGGUUUUGCAGUAUCGGAAACCCGAGCGGUUGAGAUUUGAAUUCAAGAAUUAGGUUUUUGCAAAUCAAUCGCCGAGGUUUGGUGUGGACGACUGAGUUUUUCAUGAAUUAGGUUGUUUUUUCUUUGGAAAUUUUAGCGGAUUCUCGUGUUGUGGUGCGCCUUAAUGUGAGUGGAAGUUUGGUGGUUAGGUCUAGGGUUGCGAUAGUGUUUCGAUGGGGAGCACUGGUGAGGCGGACCGGAAACGGCGCCACUUUAGCUCCUUAUCGCCCACCGCUGUUGCUGCCAAGAAACAGCCAUUCUUGCCAAUUUCUGAGGAGAAGAAGCUUGAUGCGGCAGUUCUGCAGUUUCAAAAUCAAAAGCUUCAAGAGAAGUUAGAGGCUCAAAAAAUUGAGUAUUCUUUCCUUGAGAAUAAGUUAUUUCAACUGAAGGAAAAACAACAGCCAUAUGAUUCUACCUUAAAGGUGGUCAAUAGUUCUUGGGAAGUGCUAAUUACUGACUUGGAAUCACAUUCCAUCUGCGCAAGAGAGUCUAGCAGUCAAGAAAAUGCCGUGCAUACAUCAAUUAUGGAUGGUGUGGCUCCAUCCACCACAGAAGAUGCAUUUCUAAGCCGACUUGUCGAGACAGGUGCUACUGAAAAUUCAUCUUCCAAUAAUUCCCUUGCACAUACAGACAACAGAGAAGAAACUCAAUCUGAAAAGACUAGGAAUAUCUUACUGAAUAUAGUAGCUGCUAUUAAUGACCUGUGGAAUCUGAAGAAUUGUUUAUACCCUGUGGUUUUGAAAGAUCUUCGAGACAAUGGCGCUGGCAGGCAGAAGCCAACUUGUGAACUAGAAUCAGAGGUUAAAAAUCUAAGAUUGGCAGUAAAUGAUCUUUUUCUGAGGCACAAGUCUCUGGCAAGAGAAUUGCAGAGUCAUCAAGAUAUUGAUGCAAGGAAUAAAGCAGAGCUUAAACAACUAAAAGGGGAACUGGAGAGUGUGGUUGCAGAACUGGAAAAAACUAACUGCAAACUGGCAGCUCUUAAAGCAGAAAAAAAUGCAACCAAAGGGGCUUUUUUCCCUGUCUUAAAUAUUGGUAGCAACCAUGUUGCUGGUGAUAGGGUCAAAGAUAGGGCAAUAGAUCUACAAGAUUUGGAGUCUGUUCUCAAAGAGCUAUUGGACCAAUCUUCAUCUCGGUUAGUGGAACUAAAAGGGCUUCAUGAAGAAAGGAUUAGAAUAUUACAGCAGUUAUCAUAUUUGCAGAACAAGAUAAAGAGUGUGAAAUGUAUUUCAUCUUCUCAAGCCUACCUCUUUGUGAGAGAUCAACUACAGAAGUCAAAGUCAGAAGUUCUCCAAUAUCAGGCUUUACUUGAGAAACUACAGGUUGAGAAAGAUAAUCUUGCCUGGAGGGAGAGUGAAUUGAGCAUAAAAAAUGAUUUAGUUGAUGUUUUCUGGAGAACAACUGCAGUUGUUGAUUCUAGAGCUUCUGAUCUGGGAAUAGAAAUACAGCGACAAAUUGAUGAAAUAAAGAAGAUUCAAACUAAGAUGGAAGAGGCAUCAAGAGAGCCUGGAAGAAAAGAAAUAAUUUCAGAAUUUAAAAGUUUGCUUUCCUCAUUUCCUGAGGCAAUGAGUAACAUGCAAAGUCAAUUAAGUAAGUACAAAGAGGAUUCUAUGGAUAUUCAUUCAUUGCGGGCUGAUAUGCAGUCCCUCUCCAGUGUUCUUGAUAGGAAGGCAAAGGAGUGCGAGAAUUUGUCUGCAAGAUCUGCUGCCCAUAUUUUUGAGAUGCAUAAGUUGCAAGCUAUGGUCCAAGAAUUGAAGGAAAGUGAUGUGGAGUUGAAGUUAAUUUUGGAUAUGUAUAUAUGCGAAUCCACUUAUUCAAGGGAUGUUUCAGAAGCUAGAGAUUCAGAGUACAAGGCAUGGGCUCAUGUUCAAAGUUUGAAAUCCUCUCUCGAUGAGCAAAACUUGGAAUUACGAGUUAAGAUGGCAAAUGAAGCAGAGGCUGUAUCUCAGCAAAGAUUGGCUACAGCAGAAGCUGAGAUUGCUGACCUGAGACAGAAACUGGAUGUUUCUAAAAGGGAAAAGACUAGGUUUUCUGGUGCUUUGAGAUCAAAAAGUGAAGAAAAUGAGGCUUACUUAUCAGAAAUAGAGACAAUUGGACAGGCUUAUGAUGACAUGCAAACACAGAACCAACAUCUCUUACUGCAAAUUACUGAGAGAGAUGACUAUAACAUUAAGCUUGUUUUGGAAGGGCUGAAGGCAAAACAAUUGCAAGAAGCUCUACUGUUGGAGAAACGCACCAUGCACAGGGAGAUUCAGCUAGCCAAUGCGUCUCUUGAAUUAUAUGACAUGAAAGCUGCAAGAAUUGAGGAUCAGCUGAGAUUUUGCUCAGACCAGGUUCAGAAGCUGUCAGAAGAUAGACUUCAGAGCUUUGUAUCUCUGGAAAAUCUACAAAAACGAUUGUUGGAUGUUAGACAACCAUCUAAUCAAGUGAGAGAGUCAUUGCAGGAGUCACAAUCUAAGAUUGAGAAAAACAGAGGGGUUCUUGUCGAGUUGCAGAUAGAGUUUGAAGAAGAGAGGUUCAACAAGAAAAGAAUUGAGGAGGAACUGGAAGUGGCAAGGAGAAAACUUUCAUGUAUUCAGGCCCAAAGGGAUGGGUCAUCAAUUGUAGAAAAGCUUCAACAAGAACUUUGGGAAUACAAGGAAAUACUAAAAUGCAGUAUAUGCCUUGACAGAUCAAAAGAGGUUGUCAUUACAAAAUGCUACCAUUUAUUCUGCAACCCUUGUGUCCAAAGAGUUACAGAGAGUCGUCAUCGGAAGUGUCCAGUUUGUGCUGCAAGUUUUGGCCCUAAUGAUGUCAAAUCUGUUUAUAUCUGACUGAAUUGGGGAAGCUCUGUUACCUGCUUCUUGUCAAUGACUUAAUCUGCAUCUUCAGGUAUACUGACAGGCUUUGGUAUAAUGAUGCUCACAGGUCUUGAUGGAUCAUUAUUUUAAAGAAUUGCCAUGAAUUAAUGGUGAUAGGAAUUAGAGAAUUCCUGUCCAUUUACCCCAUGCAAAUUCACCUUAGGUUUGCUUCUUUGGUCGAGUAGUUGGUUUUCACUCCAUGUGCUAAUGAAGAUUCUUUCACGCAGCUGUUAGGAGUGACUGAAGUCUUGAUUUAUUAUUUUUUGUGAUUGUGUAAUUUAUGAUGCUGGGCCUUGAAACUAUCUUCAGCAUUAAUGGAAUUUUGGUAGCACAGUUCGUUAGAGCACACUAGAUAUAGGAUUUUUGGAGGAAACAUUAGUUUUCUUGUACAUAUUCUCUUUAUUUUUCAAUGUUAGGAUCUUGCAUAAUUCUUCAUUUAUAUUAUUUUAUCAACCAGUCUGUUAGUAAUAGUUUGGAAUUAAUGGUCUAUUAGAUUUAUAAUAUUGAGAUGGGUCAAGCUGGUUUGCCUUUGUGUUGUUGCAGGUAAUUGUUGUUGUCCUUAUUUGUAGAAAUUAUGAAUGUCUCUGUUUAUUUCUGCUUAUUUCCAGCAAAUUCUUAUCAUUAUGCUCUGUUGCUGCAAGUUACGGGUGAAAAUGCUGUGCUUGGGAUGAAUAUGUGAGCUAUUAUAUAUAGGCGUAUCAUUGACUUGCUGGCACGUUAUUAAGAUACUAUUAGGGUUUCGAUGGACCGUAUUGCGUCCAACUAUGGCCCAA